AUGCUGACUGUUUUGAGCCAUUGUUCUGCAAUAUCGUCCCACCUAUGUUUCACAAACCCAAAUGGACAACAUCGUAAGAUCAUUAGUCAGACCCACCCCAGCUGCGCACUGAUGAUGUCUCCUCGUAUGGUGACGAAGUCUUUGCAAGUCACGUGCCGAACUCGGCAGGCAGACCAGCAGUCACGUGAUCAACAGCCAAUAGUCAGAUCACUGUUUACGGUAGGCUGCAGGGGAAAAGCGCUCUACUGGUCUUUUCAGUCGACAUUUAUUACUCUGGUGAGUUUAGACGGCCGGUUCAAGUUCAUAGGUCGCACAAGUUUCUUUUGGACCCAAAUUUGUGGAUCCAGCAGUUGGAUUCCAGUCGUCCCUGAGAUCGAUAGUAGUCUGGAUCGUACCAGGUGUGAUCGGUUCAGAGGUAUCCAGUGUAUGAUAGAAGGCCGGAAAGCAUCCAGGCCAGUCAAUUAUUCAAUCAAUUCAUCAAAAAAAAUGAGUGUUCAGGAUCGCCACACAAUCACGACCGAAUGUGAUCAGCGUUGA